AUGGAAAUGCCUACACAAAUGUGUCUACCUGUAAAGUCUUGCAAAGCAGUCAAAUGUUGCUGUGGUAAAGUCUGCAAAGGAGCUCGUGGACUUAAAAUGCACCAACGAAGCUGUAGAGUUAUUGACGACCUUGAAGACGAACUGCAACAACAAAUGACUGAAGCAUUGAACGACGACAAUCAUGAGGAUAACACUGACCCAGUUAACCCUGAAAUAUCACCUUUGAACACCCAAGAAAACUUCCCCGACUUAAAAAGGGGGAUAAAACUACCCAAAUCGCCAUUACAAUUGUCAACUGCCAACGACUUUUUCAAGUUAACUUUUUUGAAUCACUCAAUCACACCGGAUGAUCUAAAUAACAACAUUAAUACCAUGGUAACCGUCGUCUACAAUUACUUUAGUGGGAAUUUUGGACAUGUUGACAACAAUAGCAGUGUAGAAUUCGAAAGAAAAUACCAAACAUUUUCAACAAAGGAUUUAAAAAAAGCUUUAAAGAAAUUAAAACUGGAAAACGGUAGUAUUCUGGAGAUCAAAUUUGUCGCGAAGAAAUUGCGCAUCCUCCUUAAUAAGUCAAAUAAUACGGAACUACAUAAUUCUGAUAGUCAUGCAUCUGCAGACAUUGAUCACGAUAAUCUAAUUGGUAAAAACUUCUGGGGUUACGUUAAAAAAUUUUUCAAAAAGAAUACCAGUUCACUUCCAUCAUUUAAUUUAGCGCAAUGUACAUCCUAUUUUACCAAAACAUUUUCCGCGAUUAGCCCAAAUAAAACAUUUAAUAUUCCUAGUUGGAUCCUAAAAUUUGCUUCUCCUCAAACGCCUUUUAAGCUUGACCCCCCGACCUAUCAAUAG